CACCAGAUUCAAGCUCAGUGGAUAGGGUGCAGUCCAAGUCGCUUAGGGUGUUUUAUAACUGACUGCUGUGGAAAUAGAAAUUAAAUGAUCCACUUCAACUUGGAAAGGAUCUCUUUGUUUUCCCAGUAUGGAAGAUAAAUGCCUAUGAUUCCAUCCCUCUAUAAUGAUAAACACUGAGCUUGAGUGAUUUUGUUGGAGUUUUGGAGCACUGUUAUUUGUGCAAAACUAAAAAACUAAGGAGUGCAGAGGCUGGAGCCAGUCUUGAUCACGCAAAAGGAGGUCAUUGAAGGCCCAGUUUUCUCCAGGAGUUUCCUGCCUGUGUGCAUUCCUGCUAUUGUCAGCUAUGGGAGGAAUUUUAUGAGGAGCUGGGAAGCUAGGGCUGCUUGGGGAGGGUACAUAGGUGGAUGUGAAGAAGACUAGGAUUGCUGAGGGAAGAAAGGCUGUUAGUAGCUUUCCUGUGCUCUCUUCUAGACUGUGGAGUUAAAAGGUGACUUUAUUCCGAAGGAAAGUUGCUAGAGCAAUUGCUAUGCAUAAGAUCUGUGGACAUCUCAUUUGAUCUAGGCCAAAAAACAAAACAAAAAACUGGCUGGAUUUUAAGCAGAGAAGAAACAAGAAAACACCUGCAAAAAUGUCUCUCUAUCCAUCUCUUGAAGAUUUGAAGGUAGACAAAGUAAUUCAGGCUCAAACUGCCUCUUCUGCUAAUCCUGCCAGCCAGGCCUUUUUUUUAAAUGUGGUCGAUUCUGCUGCCUUCCCUCCAGGUGGAAAUCUCUAUCCUAAACUGUAUCCAGAACUCUCUCAAUACAUGGGACUGUCUUUAAGUGAAGCUGAAAUAUGUGAAAACAUGCCUGUGGUCUCUGGAGCGCCAACCCAAGGGUUGGUAGCAAGGCCAUCCAGUGUGAACUACAUGGUAGCACCUGUGACAGGUAACGAUGCGGGGAUUAGGAGAGCAGAGAUUAAGCAAGGGAUUCGGGAAGUCAUUUUGUGUAAGGAUCAAGAUGGAAAAAUUGGGCUCAGACUGAAGUCAGUAGAUAAUGGUAUAUUUGUUCAACUAGUCCAGGCUAAUUCCCCAGCCUCCUUGGUUGGGCUGCGAUUUGGGGACCAGGUGCUCCAGAUCAAUGGUGAAAACUGUGCCGGCUGGAGCUCCGAUAAGGCACACAAGGUGCUCAAGCAGGCCUUUGGAGAGAAGAUUACCAUGACCAUUCGUGAUAGACCCUUUGAACGGACAGUUACCAUGCAUAAGGACAGCAGUGGACAUGUUGGCUUUAUCUUUAAAAGUGGAAAAAUCACAUCCAUAGUGAAAGACAGUUCUGCUGCCAGAAACGGCCUUCUCACUGAUCACCACAUCUGUGAGAUCAACGGACAGAACGUCAUUGGCUUGAAGGAUGCUCAGAUUGCAGAUAUACUGUCAACAGCUGGGACUGUGGUCACCAUCACAAUCAUGCCUGCCUUUAUCUUCGAACAUAUUAUUAAACGGAUGGCUCCCAGCAUUAUGAAAAGCCUGAUGGAUCACACCAUUCCUGAAGUUUAAACCUUGUACAGUGCAUCACCGCCGAACGCUUCCAGUCUUCCUCUUCGGCAACUUCUCUAUUUCACCGCACAUGAAGCUUUCCCGGAUCCAGGGAGACUGUGCUGCAUGGAGACCUGUCUAUCUUCCACCAUGGCUGGGAACCUCACUCUAUCUGAGAGCGUCUUCAGAUUUUAAGAUAGGUGUAGCCUUAUCCUGGUUUUACAGAUGUGAAACUCUCAAAAGAUUCCCUGACUUUCUAGACUUGGUUCUUUACUGGGAACCUGAUGUUUUUCUAUAAGCCAUUGUGAUUAGGAUGACUGGUGUAGGCUUAGCUGUGUCCGAGAACUGGUCUGCUUUCUCCGAGAAGUGCACAGUGCUAGGCACGUGCUUCAGUUCUGUGGCAUAUGUGGAUUGUAGUACAUCAGCAUAGUACCUGUAGGAUGAUUGCCUUUGAUCGCUACUUUUUAAGUUUGUGUGUGAGUGUGUAAAAUUCCAGUUAAUCAACACUUCCAUUCCACAAAAGCAUUAUACAGUUCUGUGUAGGUGGCAAGAGACUAAUGAUUGUCACUAAAUUCUAACUACCUUCACUUAAUGUGCUUCAGUUGUCGCCUUAACUACAGUAAGCAUUUAGAAUAAAAGCCAAAAUAGAAUUAUUGCUGCCUUCUGAAACCUGAGAGGUUAGCUCUCUAUCAAGCUGUUCUAUGCUAGCCCUGAGCAGCUUACUGGUGUCGCAGAGCUGCCUAGCUGUACCAAGAUUUUCUAGUCACUGCAUAAAGGAAACGCCUAAGAGUUGCCGUAUUGCUUUCUGAGAUACAAAUUGCUAUAUAUUUCAUGUAAAAGUUGUUAUACUAAAUAGGAUAAAUUUUGGAGUCUCUUUUUCACUCGUAGAUUAAGUGGGUAAUAUCUAAUUUGGCACUUGAGUCCUAACAUUAUGUAACUUUAGCUAGGUUGGGGUGGGUUUAGAAUGUUUCCCUAGUCAUCUCAGUUUGUUCCAUUUUCUGACUCUAUCCUGCAAACAAAAAUGGCAAUGACACUUUAUCCUGACUCUUUCCUUCUUAGUUUGUGCCUAUCUUAUUAUUUUAUGUGAUAUUAUCCUAUUAAAUGUAUAAAAAUAUUAAA